UUAAGCCUACGAGUCCCAAUAAUUUUCUCCUCCCCCAGCUUUUUCAAACUUAAUAAUUUAACUUAAAACCACCACCGUCUGUAUCUGGUUACUGUAGUAAUAAGUUCAUAAUCUUUUGCCUUUAAACUCCCUACGCUCCAACCUCAAUAAAUAUCUUUCAAAAGAAAACUGAUUUUUUUUUUAAUUUAAACAAAAAUAAUGUAAAUACGAGAGUUGGGUGCAAUUGCAAAAGCCUGAAUCUCCAAAUCCAAUGUUUAAUUUGAAAUCCUUUGAUUGAAGGAAGAAUCCAUCUGCCAAUCCCAUGUCACACAAGGCUCUAGAUUCACGUCCCUCAAUAGACUCGUGCACGUUCCAGCUCCAUUCAUGGAGACCCUUCCAGCGACAACAAACCCGAAACUCCUCCGAUCCCCAACAUACACCUCCAAAACGCUCCCCAACCGAUGGGUUCCAUUCCAAGCGUCCUUGCCUCUCCGAUCGCACCACUUCUUUCUCCAUCGACCUCUCCAAACUAACUCUUCUUGACGACGACAACAACAACAACAACCCAAUCUCCGUCAAUCCCAAGAGAAGUAGCUUUAGGCUGUUUGCAAGGAAACGCCGCCGCCAUGGGUCGAGGUCGGUGUCCGGUCGGAGCUCCGAUCGGAGUGGGACUAGAAUGUGCUGUUCUGUGGGGGCGUCGGCGGCGCAUGGGACGUGCUCGGAUUUUCCGGUGACGGUUGGGACGGACUCGAGUGGGGAACUGUUUGUGAAUGGUGGGGAUGCUUAUUGGGCCUCGGAUGUGAGCGAUGCCCGGAAUUCCAGGCGGGAAAGAGUGGAUGGUGGGAGUGGAGAGAAGGAGAGUUUAUGCGGGGUUGGGGGGCAGUUUGGGGGUUUUGACGCUCAAGGGAAUGAAUCUGGCUAUGGGAGUGAACCUGGGUAUCGUGGUGAUGGAGAGUUUGGUUAUGGGGAUGAGGUUGAUGAGGAAGAAGACGACGCUCGCUUGUUGUUUUGGGGGGAUCACGUUGGAGCAGAUACAUAUUCUAAAAUGGAGAUUGUUGGGGAGAACACAUUUUCUGAUCAAAAAGCCCAUCAUAGAUGUCGUCGCAAAAAACAUGAUUAUAGAAUGGUUGAUUCCUUGAGUUUGAAAAAGGAGAUGGUAAGAGGAGAAGCACUGAGCGCGUACAGGGCUCUGUUAAGAGCGACCCGGAAAUCAUUCGUGGGGGACGCCUUGAUGCUGGACGCCUCCGCCGUGGAGGUUCGUAAGAAAUUCGACGCCAAUCGUAACGUGACCUCUGAGCCCGAGAUCCAGAGACUCCUCGAGGAAGCACGUGAGGCCUCCCAUUUCAUUUGCACUAUGAUCGUUCAAGCCAAGCUCAACGACCGCGGCGGCUAUGAGGUGAAGCCGAGUAAGGAGCAUGCAGGGGCUUCACUGGAGAUCCCUUCCGAAGAGAUCAUCAGAAAAUCAGCAUGACAAUCAAAGAGUAAACUUGGGCUUUUAUCAGAUACGGCUUAUUCUCUGUUUGCUUCAGGAUGUCUGUCCCUUCAGCUUUUUCUAUUUUGGGAUACCUAGUAG